AUGGUGGAUCCGCAUCCCGUGGGUUUCAGAUUCCGCCCGACGGAGGAUGAGAUCGUCGACCAUUACCUCAAGUCAAAAAAUAUGGAUGGUAACACGAGUCAUGUAGAUGAAGUCAUUAGCACAGUGGAUAUCUAUAGCUUCGAUCCCUUGGAGUUAGCUUGUAAUUCGACGAGGAAGGCUACGAACAAUGUUUUGUAUUUCUUCUGUCGGAAGGAAUAUAACAGAGGAGAGAGACAGAGCAGGAAAACAAAGUCUGGUUCUUGGAAGAAAACCGGAGUUACAACGAAUAUCAUGCGAAAGAGAGGAGAUCGCGAGAAGAUUGGUGAGAAAAGGGUCUUUGUGUUUCAGUACAGUAAGAUUCUUGGUGGAGCGAAACCUAAAUCCGAUUGGGUCAUGCAUGCAUAUGUCGCUACUUUCGUGUCUCUUACUCAGCCCCCGGCUGUGACAUAUACACUAUGUAAAGUAAUGUUUAAGGGUGACGCCAGUGAUUUACCUUCUUCUUCUGCUGCUGCUCCUGCUGGUAUUGAGCAUACUCACUCUCUCACCAUUCCUAUAAACAACCCUCGUGCAGGGGUGAGUGCAGAGGCAGAGGUAGACCCGCAUCAGUUUACUGGCUUUCUUCAUUUGGAGGAGGAAACUCAGAUCGAGGAUGCCAUUCGCAGGGCUAUCAACAACCUUUCACCUCAUGAUUUAUACUUGAGCAAUGCUUUGGAAACCGAUAUUGAUACAUCUGAGAAGAAGAAAAUAAACCCUUAUGAUGAUGCACAAGGAAGUAUGAUCGGAGUCAAAAGAGAUAGUCACAGGAUGAUACAAAGAUUCGUCACGAAUAUCAAAGCUAUGUUCUUCUUUCUCAAGAACAUGAUACCAGUAAAAUGA